UUGGGUGACCCUUGCGUGUAUUGUCAUGUACCCAGACCCCCAUUCUGUUUCAGUCUCACAAUAAUAAAAGCAAUCAAUAGAACCAUUCUCACCCUUCAAUUUCAUUUCUCUUUUUUUCUCUUUAACCUUCUCCCUUUUUUUUUUUCCCUAUCUUAUAGGGUUUCCAUGUUCUUCUUCCUCUGAUUUCUCUCUAUCUCAUGAACUUCUGCUUUGAAGCUUUGUACGUAGCUAUAUCAGUGUUUUUAGCCAUCUUUGUGGUUCUCUUUUUUGCUCUCUUUGGAGGGUUCUUUGGUGAAAAGCGGUGUGGGUUCGACCUCCCGGGGUUUUUUGAGCUGUACCCAUGUCUAAGCUCUUCGGUUUCAGUGGAGAUGAUGAUUUUUGCCCUGGGGGGUCAAUAUACCCAAAUCCCAAGGAAUCUAGCCUCUUUUUGUCCCUUGGUCAUCAUGUGGAUGUCUACUUCCCUCCUCGCAAGAGGUCUCGCAUCAGUGCUCCCAUUGUUUUCAGAGAGAAGUUUGAGAGGAAGAAGGAGGUCUCUAUUGAAGUUCUUCCAGAUGAAUGCCUCUUUGAGAUCUUCAGGCGGUUGCCUGCUGGCCAGGAAAGGAGUGCCUGUGCUUGUGUUUCCAAGCGCUGGCUUACGCUUUUGAGCAAUAUCCACAGGGGUGAAUUCAGCAGCAACUCAAACAUUGAAAAUCUUAAGCCCGAGGAAAAGGUUAAUGAGAAUAAGGCUGAAGAUCAAGAAAUUGAUAGUGAUGGAUUCCUUUCUAGGAGCUUGGAAGGGAAGAAGGCAACAGAUGUUAGACUUGCUGCCAUUGCUGUUGGUGCUGCUAGUCAUGGUGGGUUGGGCAAGCUAUCGAUCCGGGGAAGCAAUUCUGCUCGCAGGGUGACAGAUGUUGGCCUUAGGGCGAUUGCUCGUGGCUGCCCUUCUCUGAAGGUUCUUUCUUUGUGGAAUGUUCCUUCCAUAGGAGAUGAAGGUCUGUGUGAGAUUGCUAAGGGUUGUAACCUGCUUGAAAAGCUUGACCUUAGCCAGUGUCCCGAAAUUUCUGAUAGGGCUUUGAUUGCAGUUGCGAAACACUGCCCUAAUCUGACUGAUUUAACAAUAGAGUCCUGUUCAAAAAUUGGGAAUGAAGGUCUUCAAGCUAUUGGGCGUUGCUGCCCCAAUCUUAAGUCCAUUUCAAUUAAAGACUGCCCUCUUCUUGGUGAUCAAGGAAUAGCGAACUUGUUAUCUUCCACUUCUUAUGUCAUGACUAAGGUGAAGCUCCAAGCAUUGAAUAUUACUGAUGUGUCUUUGGCAGUUAUUGGACACUAUGGCAAGGCAAUUACUGAUCUUGUGCUUGUUGGCCUUCCAAACGUUAGUGAGAGGGGCUUCUGGGUCAUGGGCAAUGGUCAUGGAUUGCAGAAAUUGAAGUCAUUGUCAAUUACAUCAUGCCGAGGAGUAACAGAUACCGGGCUUGAAGCUGUAGGGAGAGGUUGCCCAAACUUGAAACAGUUCUGUCUCCGUAAAUGUGCAUUUUUAUCUGACAAUGGGUUGGUCUCUUUUGCCAAAGCUGCAGCUUCACUUGAGAGCCUGCAAUUGGAAGAGUGCCACAGGAUCACCCAAUUUGGGUUUUUUGGCAUACUUUUAAACUGUGGUGCAAAGUUGAAGGCUCUUGCUAUGGUGAACUGCCUGGGGAUCAAGGACCUAAAUUUGGGACUGCCUCUGCAGGCUCCUUGCAAAUCUCUGCGAUCAUUGUCCAUUCGUAACUGCUCUGGAUUUGGUAAUGCAAGCUUGGCAGUGUUGGGGAAGUUGUGUCCUCAACUGCAGCACUUAGACUUGAGCGGGCUUCAGGGAGUAACAGAUGCUGGGUUUCUCCCAAUGCUUGAGAGCUGUGAGGCUGGUCUAGUGAAGGUUAAUCUUAGUGGUUGUGUAAAUCUGACAGAUAAAGUGGUUUCAUCCUUGGUUGAGAUGCAUGGUUGGACUCUAGAAAUGCUAAAUCUUGAUGGUUGUCAGAAGAUAAGUGAUGCAAGCUUGGUUGCUAUUGCAGAAAACUGCCCAUUGCUCAGUGAUCUUGAUCUUUCGAAGUGCAUGAUCACAGAUUGUGGGAUUGCUGCCCUGGCCAAUGCAAACCAGCUCAAUCUCCAGAUCCUUUCAGUAUCAAGGUGCUCUUCGAUAACAGACAAAAGCUUACCUGCCUUGGGAAAAUUGGGUCAGACCCUAGGUGGGUUGAAUCUCCAACACUGCAAUGCAAUCAGCAUCAGCACAGUUGACCUGCUUGUGGAGCAGCUAUGGAAGUGUGACAUCCUUUCCUAAGCAGGGAAUGUUUUCGAACCAAUCAGGUCUAAGAAUUCCGGUCAGGUUUUGUGAGUAGCAGUUUGUGUAUUUUUUUUUUUUUGGGUCCAUCAGCUAUGGGUCUUCAAUCAUUCAGUAACCCGGUUCCCUUUUCCAGGGAAUGCAGCCAUUAACUCUUUUUUGCAGGUUUACUAAAAAUAGAAAUCUGUUACCAGUUUUUUUGCUCCAAACAAUGGGGCAUAAUGGCUGCAUUUCCCUGAGAACAUAGUUACCGGGUUUUGAGUGUAGGGUUUCUUUCCACUAGUCAUGGUUUUUAUAUUGCUGGGUAUCUGCACCUGGUAGUUUUUUUUAGCUCAGCCUUGUACUGGUUAUGCCUUCCUGCAUGUGCUAAGCUCUUCUCCUUCUACAUUUUACCCAGUUCCGAGUCUGUACGUUGUCUCUUUUACCAAGUCGUCCACGUUUUUGAACCUCUGUUUUCCACGUGAUGGUUGGGUCUCUGUUUUCCUCAAAGGGCAGGUUAAUGUACCUGAGUCAGUUACAGUAGUGCUGGUUGCUCUUAGCAGUUUGAAUUUUUGGUGCCUUGUAUCUCUGGGGCUUUGGCCAUGGCAGCAGGUAAUACAAAGUCUGCCAUUACAGUCCUCCUAAGGGAGGGUUGUUUUUUAACCAAGUCCUAGUAUUUCAGGCUUCAUAUUUUUUUUUUCAAACUGUGAGCAACCUCCUUAUGAUGUAACGAACAUUGUUAUCUGUCCUUUGUGUUGUAUGCAUUCCAUCCUAUUGGGUGAUGAUAAAUAAAAAUCUUCUGUCUUUAUGUA